CAGGGUUUGUUUGUGUUUUUUUUUCUUCCCAAUCAGUGUACCUUUUAUUUCCUUUUCUUGUCUUCCUGGACUAGCUACGACUUCCAGUACAGUGUGGAAAGGAGUGGUGAGAGGGACCAUCCUUGCCUUAUUCCUGACUUAGCAGGAAGGCUUCUAGUUUCUUGACAUUAAAUAUGAUGCUAGGUGUAGAUUUUUUGUAGUUUUUUUGCUUUUGUUUUUUGUUUUUUAGAGAGAAAAAGAGAUGGAACAUGAGCAGGGGAGGGGCAGAGGGAGAGAGUCUCAAGCAGACUCCCCGCUGAGCGUGGAGCCUGCCACAGGUCUUGAUCUCAUGACCCUGAGAUCACACCUGAGCCAAAAUGAAGAGUCAGGCCCUCCUCUCGAGCUUCUGCCCGGGUCGGUCGCGCGGGAGGGAGGCCGAGAUGGCAGAUGAGAUCGCCAAGGCUCAGGCCGCGCAGCCUGGUGGUGACACAAUCUUCGGGAAGAUCAUUCGCAAGGAAAUCCCAGCCAAAAUCAUUUUUGAGGAUGACCAUUGUCUUUCUUUCCAUGACAUUUCCCCUCAAGCACCAACUCAUUUUCUGGUGAUACCCAAGAAACAUAUAUCCCAGAUUUCUGUAGUAGAAGAUGAUGAUGAAAGUCUUCUUGGACAUUUAAUGAUUGUUGGCAAGAAAUGUGCUGCUGAUUUGGACCUGAAGAAGGGUUAUCGAAUGGUGGUGAAUGAAGGUUCAGAUGGGGGACAGUCUGUCUAUCAUGUUCAUCUCCAUGUUCUUGGAGGUCGGUAGAUGAAUUGGCCUCCUGGUUAAGCUUGUUUUAGGGUUGAUUUUCCCUUCUCUAGGCAGUGGUCAAUAUUUCCCAGUUCUGUAGGUUAAACAAUAUACUUCCUUUUGCCUAUGUAUGGAGAGAUUGAGGAGAUAAUUUUUAAAAGCCAUACAUAAUAAAAGACAAUGUUGCAUGGUUUAAAAAAAAAAAAUGAAGAGUCAGAUGCUUAACCGACUGAACCACCCAGGUGCUCCAAUUUUUUAUAGAUAUUUAAAAAUUGAGGCAAGUAAGUUAAUCUCUUUUAUGUUUGUAUUCCUUUUUCUUUUCUUUCUUUUCUUUUUUUUUUAAAGACUUUAUUCAUUUAUUAGAGAGGGAGAGAGCACAGACCAAGACCGAGGGAGAAGCAGGCUCCCUGCUAAAUGUGGUGUUAGAUCCCAGGACCCUGGGAUCAUCACCUGGGGUGGAUGCUUAACUAACUGAGCCGUGCAGGUACCCCUGUAUUUCUUCUUUUUAAAGGCUGAAUACUGUUUUAUUAUAUAUAUAUCCACAUUUUGUUUACCCAUCAAUCCAUUAGUGGAUAGUUGGGUUGCUUCCACUUUCUUGGCUAUUGUGAAUAAUUCUGCUAUGAACGUGGGUGUACAAGUAGCCCUUUGAGACCUUUCUUUUAGUUUUUCUAGGUAUAAUUGCUGGAUCAUAUGGUAAUAUUUACAUUUCAUUGAGUUUAUUGAAUAUUAUAUGCAAAAUUUUAUAUAAAGGAUAUUCAUUGCACUGAUAUUUAUAAUAGUGAGAAUUUGGAAGCAGCCUUGCUACUUGUCAGUAUGUGAUUGGUUAGAUAAUCACAGUACAUCCAUACAAUGAGGUAUACUGCAGUUGUUUAGAAAGGUCUGUGUGUUUUGACAGGUCAGAAUAUCUAAAUAGGUUAAAAUAUGAAAAAAAGAAAAUUGUAAAAUGGUAUGUAUAGUGUGAACCUUUUUAAAAAAAGAUUUAUUUAUUUAUGAGAGAGAGAAUGGGAAGGAUGAGGGACAGAAAGAAAGGGAGUAGUAGAUUCCCCACUCAGCUGGGAGCCUGAUGUGGGGCUCAAUCCCAGGACCUUGAGAUUAUGACCCAAGCCAAAGGCAGUUGCUGAACUGAAUGGGCCAGCCACCCAGGCACCCUGUAAAUGAACCUGUUUUUAUUUAAAAUCAUAUGUAUUAUAUGUAUGUAUAUAUGUAUUAUGUAUGUAUGCUUCAAAAAAUUUUUAAAAGAUAAUAAUUCUAUAGGCUGAGGGGGAUGAGUGGAUAGGUUAUAUGUGCAGUGGAAGAGCAGACCUUUAUCUUACUGCAUUACAAGUUUCUGCAUCAUAGCAGGGUUUAUAAGAGGCAUAGUUUUUUAUAAGCAGAAAAACCAAUUUAAGUGAUUAUAUUUUUGGAAAAAAUAGAGCUUGACUUCUGUUUGUCUAUGAAUACAAAGAAAAUGUUAUAUGUUUCAUUUACUUAACGUGUUUUUAUGUCUACAACACACAUCACUGGGAUCUUUUUUUUUUUUUUUUAAGAUUUUAUUUAUUUAUUUGGCAGAGAGAGAUCACAGAAGACAGAGAGGCAGGCAGAGAGAGAGAGGGAAGCAGGCUCCCUGCUGAGCAGAGAGCCCGAUGCAGGACUCGAUUCCAGGACCCUGAGAUCAUGACCUGAGCCGAAGGCAGCGGCUUAACCCACUGAGCCACCCAGGCGCCCCAUCACUGGGAUCUUUAAAGUAUCUUUUUAUUGUUAUACAUGGUAUGAAGGAUAUAUGUACGGUCUUGUGGCCUGACAUAUAAAAUUAGCACAGUGACUUUCUAUCAGAAUGGUUUUACAUAAGGAAAAUGUUCUACCAUUUUUGGAUCAUACUUGAAUGGUGCUUUCCAUUUCUUGUGACUUGGUGUGGUGUGGUAUGUGGUGAAAUCGUAGGCUUUCUCUGCUCUUGAGGAAAAUAUUGCUUAGUUUAAGCACUGUGUUAUACUGCACACUGAAUUCUGUUCUUUGCCUUUUCUU